CACUUGUGAGUGCGUUCUCGCCGCUGUUUACUACAAGUUGAUUUCUCGGGAUUGCCGUUCCGGCGGUCUAGGAUAUUACUGUCAUCUCAAAAACGAUAUCAGAUGUGAUGUAGUGCUGUUGAUCGUAGCUACUGUUGUCGGAAGCAUGUUGUAGUUUUUCCCCGUGCGUUUUUAAAACAAACUUUUUUUAAAAACUUUUUACUUGUGUACUGCGGAGAGGUACUAACCCCUAUGAAUGACGGGGUUGCAUUACUACUACGUGUGACCAUGCCGAGUGUACGUACCCAGGCCGUGCUGCUGUGGUGCCUCGUGAGCUGUGUUGUCUGGGUGCACUGUCAUUACACCAGCGAUGAAUGCGACUGGAUUGGGAGUAGUGGCCUGUCUGAGGAUCCUGAUAAUAAAAGUGUACAACAACUCUACUUGGGCUGCUCUAAGGGCCGAGUUGACUGGGACUAUGCCUAUGGUGCAAUCCGAAUAACUUUUCAGUAUGGAAACUCGGGAAAGGAUUUCCAAGGAUGCAUCAAACCUUCCAGUAAAUUCACAGGUGCAAACAUCUAUGUAGAAGGUCGGACAAAACUGGAAUAUUUGAUCCAUCCCAAACUCCAGGAUAAGGAUCAUAAUAAUGCGGAGGAUGAGGGACUAUGGAAGGAACUCCUCAGUAGGACGCAUUGUUUUGAGUCGCGAGAUGGUAGAGCGACUCUGUUUGCAGAAGCCAUGCCCAAUAUGGAUGGCAAGAGGAAAACUGUCUCGUUUGAGUAUGAUUUAAAAGUGAACCAUCACCAACAGGGUAAAAGUCGGGAUACGUUUGAAGACUGCAGGCCUUGUAACGAGACUGAACUCAUGACAGCAUUUUGUGCCAGUGACUUUGUUGUCAAAAGCAAGAUAAAAGAAGUCUCGGAUGACCUCAGCGAGAAGGAGACAAGAAUUGAGCUCUCCAUAGGAACCAUUUACAGCCAGAUUGAAGGAGUUUUUACAAAUACUAAGCACGGCAGACACACAGGAACCGUUUCCAUGCCGUUACAGUGCGGGGUCAAGCAUGGGAGUGGACAUUUUCUCAUGACGGGUAGUGUGCGGCUGGGCAAGAACCACCUGACGUGUGCGCCUCGGUUCUCUGAGUUCCGGAAAAUUGCGAAAGAAAUGACUGAGAAAGGACUCAAUGAGUGUGAUAUGAGUGAUGUUAUUAACUCUCCAGAAAACUAAGAAAGAAAGUGAGAGAGACGCACAGACUCUUCAAAUACCAUGACAACACUGCCAUUU